GGUUUUAAUUAGAUGCCCAUUGUUCAUUCCUCUAUCUGGUGUCGUGCCGUGAAGAACGCCAUGGGAUAGAAUAAAACAUUUUGGAUUUAUUUUGACAUAUUUUUUUUUAAAUGAUGGACUUUUUAAAAUAUUCAUGUUGGGGUUCGCCCCGUCGAAUCCGCAAACGCCGCUGGCUUUACAUAGUCUAAGUACUCACUGGGUUUUAUAGUCCAGAGGCUAGUUGCAGCGGUCAAGCAAUUAGGCUCUUCGGCAACUUAUAAGUACUACUUCAAAGGAUUAACUGAGGAUUUGAACAAAACUACAAAUUAAUCGAGGGGCCCAAUCCGUUUUUGAGCUCUGCAUUACUCGGUCGAUUUGUUGUUGUCUUGUGUGAUCGAAUAGAAAUCCGUUUUUCCUUACUAUGUUAGAAAGAGUCAAAGAUCCGCCAACAAUGUUAGUUUUCGGAUUAUUCGAAGGGGACCGGGUGUCCCUGGACGUCCCCAUCGGGUCGACCGUUGGGGAGGUCAAAAAGAUGUUUCAGACUAAACUUAAUAUUUAUAUAGACGAAAUGAACCGCAAGGAUACAAAAGUGCUUGUGCUCCACUACAGUGGCUCCGACUUGGAGGAGAGUUGGUGCUUCACAGAUUUGGGAAUUCCUGCAGGGGCCACCAUAAAAGUGCUUCUUAAGGAGGAAAUCCUACCCGCUCUGUAUAUAUACACGACCUACAACCAAGAAACGAUCGACAUCGUGGACAAACACCUCAACGUGCUCUCCAUGGCCGUAGAGGACCUGCGCACGACAGCAGGAAACAGAUCGGGUCUACCGGUGUCCAUUUUUCGCCUCGUUACAGAGGACGGAAGAGAAAUGUACGACGGUCACGUGCUCUAUGAUUAUGGAAUUGAUAGUGGCGCCACCAUUCGAUUAGAGAAUUGGGAUGGAUGGAACGAGUUUAUCAAUUUGUGCAUUAUGGGAUUUACCCCGCAAGUUUUGGCUCAAAUUUCUACCGAUGAAGUGAUCGGUCGAUUUCAACAGAAAGUCGCGCUGUUUAUCGCAGCUCACUAUGGUUGUGCUGAUUUGGCUCGGGUGCUGAUCAAGCAGGGAGUUCGUGCUGAUGAGCCUAUUGGGGUACAUCCUCACAAGCUUUGGUGUACAAGCCAAGCCCACAUUGAGACCAAAAAGGCCCCGAUUCACGAAGCGACAGAGCAGGGUCAGCUAAACGUUCUCCGUUUGAUUGUCAACCACGACAUUACCUCUGUGAUGGCAAGAGAUGGCAAUGACUUGUGUGCACUUAACAUUGCACUCCGAAGGAGCAAGAAACCAUGCGCAUCUUUCCUCUUGACCAGACAGUGGACAAAGGUUCCGAUAGGAAAACUAGGAUCCGUUACUGUGCAGACUCUACGAACCAUACGUUUAUGGUGCGAAGGCGCAAAAGAUAGAGCUUACUCAAAAUUUGGUCCCGCGAAAUCAUCGCUGAAGAAAAUGAAGUUUUCCGGGGGUCCGCUUGUGAGUCAUGGGGAACCUGUUGUCGACGGCUUUACAAAGAGUCCCAUGACAGGAAAACCCCGAGCAGAUACAAAGGAUAAAGACAAAAAGAAAGCCCUGGAAACGUUCUAUGAAGUAUACGGACUAAAGAAAGAGGACCCGGAAGUCUACUUCAGAAAUAUGGGAGCUUUGGAAAAUUUCAAGAGUCUAAAGCUCAGGAGGAAUACUAAAUGGGGGAACGUGUUUGAUAAAUCAGAAUUGACUGCAUCUUUUACUAAAGGAUUAAUGGGUCAUCCAGAACACAGUGAAAGCGAAUCAUCGGAAAAAGAAGUUAAAGCUGUACCACGUGUUCCGAAAGCUUCAGCACUGAAACAGGAAACGAUGACAACAGAAAAUACAAUUGACUCAUCGGGAACCAUGGGGAAAUUCUUAAGGGGAGGAACUCAGACCACAAACCAAGACUCUGUCAAUGACAAUGUGGUACCUCUUCCAUCUUUGAAAUCAACAAAUACGGCGAAAUCUGGAAACGCUGCAGAUGAAGAUAUCAAACAGAGGAAAAACGCCGCAAAGCCCGCUUUCUCUAGUAAAGGAUUGCGGAAGCUUAAGUCGGAUCUGCAUGAACACGAAGAGACAAUAGAAGAAGAGGAUCCCAUAUCAAGGCUUCCAACUGAAGAUCGUUUGAAACAGGUGACAAAAUUACCACCAAUAGUUAUAUCCCGCAAUAGGAAGGUGAGCGAAAACGCCGCGGACGACUCCGAUAAAGAAUCGUCUAGUGAUCACAAAGAAAGGACUAAAGACUCGAAACAGAGGUUUUUCCAAACCCCCAAAAUGCACACGUCUUUACCGAAUUUAAAUUCCUUGGAGAAAACGAAAACAUCGAUGGAUGAGUCUCCUCCCUCGCCAACAGAAACGAAUAAAACUUUUAAAAGCGACAAGAAGAACCGGAAGCGCAGGCGCAUCACAUCCGCUGCACUGAUCUCGCAAGCCAAGGCAGCCGAGGGGGCGGUGCCUCUACCCAUGAUAAGUCAUGAGAACCAGACGAGGCCUUUCUUCUACCACAACGGAAGACGGGAGGAGGAUGUAGUUAACCCAGUUAUGGACCUGGUCACUAAACAUCAGGGGUCCACAUCUAGAGACCGGGCCAUUAAAUCACUGACUAUCGCCAACAGCUUUAAAGAAAAGCCCUGGUUAACCCAGGUGCGAAUGGCUCUGUCCCUCACUUCCCAGUCAAUCAAGCGACCACUGAAAGGAACGAAUCUUCGAAGAAAGAUUAUUAAGCAAGCACAGUUUGAUUAAUGUGUGAUGAAAGCAUCAAUAUUAGGAAUCAAAUUAACAAUGAAUGUUCUUUUUACCGACUCUUUGUUAUCAUUUUUAUUUUUAUGUGUUGUCGAUUUGACUUGAAUGCAUUUAAUUUCAUAUUUAACAAAUUACAAUGUCGCAUCGUAUUGUAUCUGAAGGUAUGAAUUGUGAUUAAUCAUUUGUGCCAAAAACUAACGACUCAUUAAAAUGUAUGUGUAUAUUUUAA